GUGACGGCGGGGCGGGGGCGCCGGGGCCGCCAGACGUGCCGGCGGUCACAGGGCUCCGCACGUCGCUGCCGUCCACCCACUCGCCCGCAUUUAACCCGGCCCGCGGCCGCCCGCCGCUCCUCAGCCCGCGCGGCGCGGGCGCGGCAUGAGCAGCAGCGGCCCCGGCAGCGGCACCGGCAGCGCCCGCAGCCCCUGCCCGCCCUGAGCCCCGCACCGCCCGCGCCCCGCCAUGGAGCGCAUCCCCAGCGCGCAGCCCCCGCCCGGCUGCCUGGGCAAGCUGCCCGCCCUGGACAGCGGAGACCUGCCGGGGCUGGACUUCGCGCACAUGUACCAGGUGUACAAGCCCCGGAGGGGCUUAAAGAGGAGCGAGGACAACAAGGAGACGUACAAGCUGCCGCACCGGCUGAUCGAGAAGAAGAGGCGCGACAGGAUCAACGAGUGCAUCGCGCAGCUGAAGGACCUGCUGCCCGAGCACCUCAAGCUGACGACUCUAGGGCACCUGGAGAAGGCUGUGGUUCUGGAGCUCACCUUGAAGCACGUGAAGGCACUGACCAAUCUCAUCGAGCAGCAGCAGCAGAAAAUCAUCGCUCUGCAGAGCGGUUUGCAGGCAGGUGACCUGUCAUCGAGAAACCUCGACUCCAGCCAGGAAAUGUUUCGAUCCGGUUUCCAGAUGUGUGCCAAGGAAAUGCUGCAAUACCUGGCAAAGCACGAGAACGGCAAGGAGCUGAAGUCGUCGCAGCUGGUCAGCCACCUGCACCGGAUGGCCAGCGAGGUGCUGCAGGGCGGGGCCGCCCGCAAGCCCGGGGACAUCCCUGCCAAACUGGCGGAGCUGAAGGAGAAGCCGGCGCCCCUGGGCGAGGGCCACGGGAAGAACUGCGUGCCCGUGAUCCAGCGGACAUUCGCUCACUCCAGCGGGGAGCAGAGCGGCAGCGACACGGACACGGACAGCGGGUACGGGGGCGAGCUGGAGAAAAGCGACUCCAAGUCGGAGCAGCCCUACUUCAGAAAGGAUACCGACCUCAAGUACGCUGUCCAGGAGAGAAUAAGCUCUAUUAAGCAAGAGACUGAGGACCCGCCGGCCAAAAGGAGCAGGCUGGAGUCGCCGCAGGACGAGGGCCCUUUUGGCAGUGACAUGAUGGGCUCCUCCGGCGGCUUCCUGGGCCCCCACGCUCACCAGCCUCCCCUGUGCCUGCCUUUCUACCUGAUCCCGCCGUCCGCCACCGCCUACCUGCCCAUGCUGGAGAAGUGCUGGUACCCAGCCUCGGUCCCCGUGCUGUACCCCAGCCUGCCGGCCUCUGCCGCGGCCCUCACGGGCUUCAUGAACCCCGACAAAAUCUCCCCCCCUCUGCUGAUGCCCCAGAGACUCCCUUCUCCUGUGCCAGCCCAUUCCCCCAUCGACUCCUCGGCUCUGCUUCAAGCUUUGAAGCAGAUUCCUCCUUUGAACUUGGAAACCAAAGACUGAGCGCAGUGUGACUGGUUUUUCUUUUUUUCUUUUUUUGUUUUUUUUUUUAGUUUGAGAGACUGUUUCACUUUUAUAUAUUGGCUGGACUGAGGUGUGGGGACGAGGUUCACUGUGCGUAGGAAGCUAAAUCCCCUUUUCUCUGACUUGUCAGGUAGCUUGGAGAAGGAUGAAGGAUGCGCCCAGGUUAGCAAUUGACAACUACUUCCAAAAGAUUAAAGAAAGGUUUAAGAAGGGUUUUUUUCUUUACCCCUUCCCUUCCUCCCUCUCCACAUUUACAGAGCAGCAGUUGACUCGGUCAGCUGCCAAUCUAUUGCAAAGCUGUGAAGAAAUAUUCCAUUGGGCAGACCCGCCUUGAGGGUCUGCGAGUAUAAAAUACUGAAUAUAAACCACGGUACUGCUCUGGGGACACCGGCCCCGCUGGCUCCUGGAGCCGGGCUGGGUCCGAGGGACCCUGAGCGUGGGGGGUGGUGGUGGCAAUGCCACCGUGGGCACAGGAGGAGCAGGGCAGUGGUCACUGCAGGGACAGCAGUGUCACCAGGAGGAGCAGGGCAGUGGUCACUGCAGGGACAGCAGUGUCACCAGGAGGAGCAGGGCAGUGGUCACUGCAGGGACAGCAGUGUCACCAGGAGGAGCAGGGCAGUGGUCACUGCAGGGACAGCAGUGUCACCAGGAGGAGCAGGGCAGUGGUCACUGCAGGGACAGCAGUGUCACCAGGAGGAGCAGGGCAGUGGUCACUGCAGGGACAGCAGUGUCACCAGGAGGACCGGGGCAGUGGUCACUGCAGGGGACAGCAGUGUCACCAGGAGGAGCAGGGCAGUGGUCACUGUGAGUGGUGGCAGUGGUGGCAUUGCCACCAGGAGUCCAGGAAGAGCAGGGCAGCAGUCACUGCCUGGUGACACAUGAUCAGGCAGAACUAAAAGGGGAUUCUCUCCACACCUUUGCUGAUCCAUAGAUAUUUUUUUAAGAAAUAAAAGGUAGCUGCUGCUUGGAGCUUUCCAUGGCGUACAUCUAACAAAUAAAUGAGCCUGCGCCCUGCUGUAAGCUGAGCUGCUGCCUCGGGGGGAGCUGUCCCCGGGGUCGCGGUGCCGGUGGCUCCGGGCCCCGCCUGUCCCGCAGGAAUCGCGGGAUGCUCCCGGCCCCGCCUGUCCCGCAGGAAUCGCGGGAUGCUCCGGGCCCCCCCGGUCCCGCAGGAAUCGCGGGGUGCUCCCGGUCCCGCAGGAAUCGCGGGGUGCUCCGGGCCCCGCCUGUCCCGCAGGAAUCGCGGGAUGCUCCGGGCCCCGCCUGUCCCGCAGGAAUCGCGGGGUGCUCCCGGUCCCGCAGGAAUCGCGGGAUGCUCCGGGCCCCGCCUGUCCCGCAGGAAUCGCGGGGUGCUCCCGGUCCCGCAGGAAUCGCGGGGUGCUACCGGCCGGCAGCGCCAUCCCUGCUCACCCUGCCCCUGUCAGUGCCUUUGGAAAAUCCAGGCUGGGGUUUCCAGAGGAGUCCCACCCCGGCAGGGUCGGAGCAGCUCUUGGCAGCCCCCGGCUCACAGCCCGUGUUAGGAGAGAGGGCUCGGCUGGUGGCACUUGGCCUGCAAACUGCAAGAGGCUUUCUCCGCAGAGGAACAUCAUCUCCAGUUUAGCUUCUUUCUAAUCAAAAACCCCCAGACUUCACUGCCGAAGGCAGUGCUCUUUGGUGGUUUUUCCCUUGCUGGUUUUGAGAACUGGUGAGCAGAGCCCCUGUGUGGAUCCUCGUGUCGCCCUCCCAUUGCACCAGCUGUUGAGAUGCACUAUGCUUGAUUGCAGAUUGUGUUCUAACGUUUAUUUUGUUGUUGGUUUUUUGGGGUUUUUUUGGUAUACAGUUGUUGCCUUUAUUUGUAAAAUCCUGUUAUAAAUAUAUAUAUAAUAUAAAUAUAUUGAAAGUUAAAACGUUUCAGAUGUCUAUUAUUUGUAUAACUACUUGAGCAUAAAGAAGUGAGAAAUAUGAAUGUAUUCUUGUUUCUGGGUUGUCUUUUUUUUUUUUGAAGAGAAGAAUAUUCCGUUUUUCUCUCGGGAGAGGUACAGUGUUUAUAUUUUGGAGCCGCCUUCAAGGUGGGAUAUUGUACAUAUUUUUAUCUUGAGUAAAUGUUAAGUAGCUGUUUAAAAAUGCUUAAUAAAAUAAUUCUUUUCCUGUGGAAGAUAAGGGU